CGUAUGGGAAAUAAAGUGGAUGGAUGUGUUUUGCACUGAAUGAGAAGAUAAUAGUUUAUGGAAAAAUAUAUAUAUUUUUGAAAUUUGCAUUAGCUGUUGUUCGAUUUGCUGCUUUAUUUUCCAAUCGGUCGGCGCUAUUUCGUCACUUUCACCGAGUAUCAGGCCAUGAGCUGCCAGACAGCUGCAGACGGACUGACUAGAACUGCAUCUCGACUGCUGAUGCCUGCGUUGAACCGAGAGGCGCAGAUGCGGUCUGUCUGGAGUGCAGACUCUCUAAACUAAAUCCAGAGGAGCCAUGGACAACCCAGAGAGGUGUUCCUGUGAUCCUCAGGGGUAAGGAGGAGAGCAGCUGAGGAGGAGGAGAUGGGCUGCACCUCUGCCAAGCAGGUGUCUGCUGUGCCCAACGGCGAGGAGGGCCAGAGUAAAGCCUACAGCAACGGGGACCUCCUCUCUGAUGAGUACAAGAUGAAAGGAGUGGAGAAGGUCAAGUACAUCAGUGGAGAAGAGGGAGGCGGGGAUGGUCAGGACAGCACAGAGAAGAGUGCUCUCCUUGGUAAAGGUCAACACAUGGAUGAGACCGGGUCAAACGGAAAUGGAAAGAUUCUGAGCAUCCACUCCUCAGAGAGUCAGCAAGAAUUCUUCAGGAUGUUGGAUGAGAAAAUUGAAAAAGGCCAGGACUACUGCUCAGAGGAGGAUGAUAUGACAUAGCACUGUGGUCGCGCAUCAAUCGGUCCCAAUAUGAAAGAACUGUCAUGGCAGUGUUAUGGAUGGGCAGUACCAUGCGUUACCAUGUUGUGGGGGGGAGACUGUACGUACAUGCCUGAGAAAAAUGGAUUACUGACGUGGAUCAAGCACCUUUUUGCCCUCUUGCUCACAACCUUAGUUCCUGCUCAUAUAUCAACCAAGAGAGAAAGGACCACCAAAAUCAAAGAGGGUUUAGAAUUUAAGUUUUCGUGGUUCUUCAAAAAAAUUGUUUUUACUUCCUUAAUGAAGCCAUCACAAGAUGACAGCGAGCUUUGGAUUUUACUUGCUUUUCUUUCCCUCCUUGGAUGAAUCCUGGAAGGUCAAUACACACCUGGCCGUCACUGAGACUUCCUAUAGACAUUUGAAACAUUCAGGCUGUUGCAUAUUUUCAGCAGCAGAAGCAACCAGUGCUCUCGUGGACACUGAAAGUAACAAUGUCUCUAUCUGCAUCAUCUUUGAACAUUUUAUCCUUUAAUGCCUCCCUGAAACGUUAACAGGUUGUAAACUUCCUGCAUUCCAAGACACAGUACAAUGGUCAGUACAUUGUCUCUGUCCAUGUCUGUUUCUGCUACGAUUAUAUAGAGUAUUUAUGUUGAAUAAGGCUCAGGGUUGAAGUGUUGUAAUCUUUGUCUCAUGUAGUCAAGUCCUUCCUCUCAUUCAAACACUGUUGCACCAUUAAAAAGACAUUAACGCACUCACAGCAGGGAUAUUGAUGUCCCCUGCUUCAGUAUCUGUACCGUGUUAAACCCACAGGGUGGACACUGCCACAUCACAUAGUAGUCUGAUUGCGUAUUUCGCACACCAGUGUUAUGUUGUCGUGUUCUGUUUUCCAUGUUGAAUUUUUGUUUUUCUAGACAAAUAAAGUGUUUUUAGUAAGCUA